AUGGCCAAUACUGAUUACGUAAAGAUUCGGAGUAUUGAGAAAGGAAGAUCUUCAAGUGUUGUUAAACUGUAUGGACGAAUUAUCAAAAUUGAGCCGCUUUCUGGAUCAGUCCUUCUUACAUUAACGGACGACGUAAAAAAUAUUAGAGCACAUAUUGAGUUUGAACAGGAUCACAGUUUCGAGUUUCAGCUGAACCAGGUGGUUCGACUUCACAGGGCCUACAUUAAAAGUUGGCACGGGGAAACCCAAAUUGGGGCCAAAAUUGGAAAGCAAGGAUGUCAUAUUGUUGUUUGGAAUGCAGGCGAGAGGGAUCCGAAAAAUAUUGCUUUCAAAUCUUCGAAAAAUUGGACCAUGCAUGAUUUCGAUACGAUAAUGUUGGAGAAGCUCAGCCGAGAUUCUGAAAAUGAUGCGACUGACGAAGAGUUUGAAGCAUCAGAAGAAGUGGAUGAGACAUUAGAGAAAUUCAAAUACCAAUUAACGAAAAUUUUUGUGAAAAAUGUGAUGAGCGACAAAAUGAUGGGGAUGAUAAAUGAUUUCCGUGAAAAACUCUCGGCUCAUGAUUUGAAAUCCGAUUUUCGGAAAAUCUUACAACUUGGAGCACUUUCGUCGGUUAUUUUCAACAGGGCUAUUUGGGUGACACCGUGUUGUAUGCCGACCAAAGAACUUCGUUGGGCCCUCGAGUGUCCAUUGUGCAUUGAUGCGAAUUUGGUCACAUACACAAUGAAAUCGGGUCCUCGAAAAUGUAGAUAUUGUCUUGAAGUAGACCUCCCGAUUCCAAGCCUUUGCAUUCCGCUUCGUUUCAAUAUUAUUACUGAUAGUCCAGGAGUAUUGAGUAUUAUCAUUCCAAUAAAGACAUUGACGACGUUUCACGUGCCGGAUAAAUAUGUUGGCGAUAUGGCGUGGAAUACACCUGACGAAAAUAAUGGCGAUAUGGUAGAAGAAAUAUUCGGAAGGCUGGAGGAAUGGUUCAAAUGCAAUCGAAUUUUGAUUAAAAAAGCGGCGAUCAUAUCGACAUCCGUGCGCCGUUCAACCGCCGAAGUGUAUGCGAGAGAAGUUGAUGUAUUCCCGAUAAUGAACGAUUCUGAUAUUACCUCGAAAAUCUUCUAA